GGUCGGGGGGGCGGGAUGGUGCCUGCGGGCGGCGGGGGGGCUCCCCCGUCGGCGGGGCCGUGCGGCGCGGAGGUGGCGCUGCGGCUGGGGGCGGCCCCCGGGCAGGCGUCGUCGGGGCUGCUGGCGCUGGCCGUGCUGCUGGGCCUGGGCCUGGGCGGCGGCGCGGCCGCGCUGCUCUGGCUCGGCGCGCUCGGACCUCGCCUCCUGCUCCGCCGCCGCCGCCGCCGCCAGAAGGAUGAUUCUCAAAGACUGAUUGAAAGCAAUAACUCUGCACCUCAGAAACAUGAAGAUUAUUUCUUACCAGAAAUGAAAGAAGCAGAAACAUUGACAGUCACAGAAAAGGAUGACCAACCUUCUUGGAACACUAAUCUUACAGAAUUUGCACUAAAAGCUAAAGUCAUCUAUCCCAUCAACCAAAGAUUUCGGCCCUUGGCAGAUGGCUCCUCCAAUCCCUCUCUGCACGACACUGCUAAGCAGCGGGCCAUGUUGCCCCAUCAGACCCUGGGAGGGUCCACCUCGAGCAGCACGGGGUCCCUCAGCCAAGGAGCCAAAGACGAUUGCACUUCCUCCACAACAAUUCACUCUGCUGCAAGUGAUGACAGAUACCAGGAUCAAACCUUCCUCAAAGUGACUUGUUUUCCUGAACUGUUGGCCUGUGAUGUGUUUGAUGUGAAGAUGUGCCUGUACAGUCUCUUUUUGAAACAUCUCCAACUGAUAGAUGUGGAACUGAGGAGGCAGAAACAUGUGAUGAUUCUUCACGUUUUCAGAGUGUACAUUGUUGAUUUUUAUUUUAAAAAGAAAAUGCCUGAGGAUUUGUAUCAAAGCAUCCUUCGUACUCAAGAAACAGCAUUUGAAGAGUUGCAAGCCCAGCUCAACUCCAGACUCCUGAGCAUGGAGUUCUCCGGAGCUCACAAAGCAGAGUAUCAGACCUUGGAUGACUUAGAGAGGAGUGACAAGGGAUACGCGGAUCAUGUUCUAGAUCAUAUGGAAGCGUUCUGGCAACAGACUGACCAAUCCCUGCUGCUCCUCCUGGAUCAGGCCAAGUGUUCAAGGGCCAAAGCCAAGAAAAUCCGGAUGUGCCUGGGAGAGGCAAUGAUUGCUGUGGAGGAGUUCUUCAGAGAAUCUCAGGAUUCACAAGUCAUGGCCACCCAAGAAAGAAUGUUUAACUGGGAACAGCUUGUGAAAACUAUUGCUUUGCUAAAGACCCAGAUACAGGAAGAAAGUAAAUGCCGAUUUCAUGCAAUAUCUCACACGCUGGAUGAAUUGCUUCGAAGGAAUAACCUGACUGUGAAACAAAAGGAGGAGCUCUUAACAGGAAUUCAGGAGGCUUUUGCCGGGAAAAUAGAACUCUAUGAAGAAGAAUGUAUUCAGCUAGGCAAAAAUCUAAUCCAGAAAUGCCUUCUGAGUCACACGGAGAAAAUAGAAUGUCUAAGCAAAGCUCAGGAAGACCAGGAAGGCAAUCUCCUCCACAAAAGCCAGCCGCUGGGAGACCUCAAUGCAUUUCUGAAGGCUUAUUGUGAAAUGUCAGAACAGCAGAGAAAAACACGAUGGAAGCUGGAAAAAGAGAGUGAUUGUGAAACCAUUGAGGCUAUGAUAGAUCUCUACAAGAAACUGCAUUCUAGAUACUCUCACUGUUUGGAGGAUUUGGUGGUCCAGCUGUUUCUUCAGACUCUGCCUGUUUUAACUAGUUUGCCGCUACAAGAGUGUGAAUUUCUGAAAGAUGAACAGCAGGAAGAUUUGGCCCUGCAGUUGGAGAAAUCGGAGAGCCACCGGGAAAAGCUUUGGGUGUUUUUCCAAGAACAAAUGCAACAAGAACAGAAGCUGUGGAUGGAAGAGCAUGCAUUCUCCGCGGUGACGCACAAGUGUUUGUCAGAGACAAAUGAGAAGAUUGUCCUGUGUGUGAUGUCCAGAUUGGGUGGGCUGAGCAAGGCGUCAUUGAACUAUGUAACUCAGAAGCACAAGUCCUUGCUCCAGUCUAUGCUGAGGAGGUUGCUGCUCCGCCAGAUUGCUCUGUGUGUUUUUGCACAAAUGCGGACGUCCAGGAGAAGAAGCUCCGUUGGGGAGCUGAAGGAGCAUCACAUCCUGCAGCAGAGCUCCUCUCACUGCUUUGAUGAACUCCAGUGGAAGCAGUUGAAGGAAACGGAAUUACACAUUGCUGAAGAGGAGGAGAAACUGGGCAACGAGAUGCAACAGACCAGGCUAGAAUUCCACCAGCAGUUAACAGCAGAAACCCAAGAGAGCCUUCAGUUCCUACAACAGCACAUGCAGCAAGUGAUUGGCCAAGCCUUGGUCCAGCAGGCUCGGCAACUGGCUGAAAAGCAUGACACAGAUGGGGAAGAAGACCUCAAGCAGGUGCUGAAGGAGGCCACCUGGGAAAACGUUCACCUGAGCAGCCACAGAGCCCAGAGGCUGCUGCAGAAUUACUUAGAGCAACUAACAAAGAUCCACAAGAGUCAUGAAGAUGCAGCACAGAAGGCACUUCAGGAAAGGACUGAAUGCCACAAGCAUCCAAAGAAAUGGGAUUGUGAGCAAAGGGACCAGCCAGACCCGCCAAAUACAUCACCUGCUAGCCAGACAAGGACGCUCUGGAAACUGAAAAGGGUUCAGGCUUGGUUUGAUGUCCAGCAAAAGAACCGCUUAGCUGCCCUGAAGCAGAAGAUGUUGAGCCUUAGCACCCUGGAGAUGCAGCUAGAGAACCAGCUCAUGGAAAGAAGCUGCAGCCAAAAAGACUGGGUGCCCAAUCGCAGGAAAGAGAGGAGGAGGAGGAGGAGGAGGAGGAGGAAACGGAACACAAGGCCAAAGACAGCGUUUCCAAAGCUCGCCAGGUCUCAGAGGCCUUCAGAAGCAAAUGGCAGAGUCACCAGGAAGAUGAAGUUAGCCAAGUGAACAAUCCAAAAAAGCUGCUGGAGAAAAGAAGCAAGAACAUUUCAUAAAAGGAUUUUUACUGUUUUUAAGCAAAUUAUUUUGUAUCACGUGCAACAGACAGAAAGCAUCAAAAUCUGAGAUGAGGCCAGCAUUAAUGCGGAUUCCUGAUAUCUCCUCUGCUUCAUGCUUGGAUCUCCAGGCCGAAUGAAGCAGGACAAAAUGGGUUGUCCUCAACCUGUAGGGCUUCCAGCUGCAAGAGCAUUCUGUAGGGUUAGGCCCAACAACUCCAGGGAGCAACACCACAGCCAGCUGGAGCCUGCUUCUCAGUCUGGGGGAGAUCCCAAUGCUGGGCCUUCCCAGGCCUGGGGACGCUCUGUACUUGCAGACAUUAAUCUUUUGGUGUGUCUGAUGUAUAUAAUUUGAACAGGGGGGCUGUUCUGUUUUAGCUGUGACCCAGUAUCGACUUUUAUGAAAAUCUGUCCUUCCGGCGCAGCGGCGAAGACAGAGGCAAGGCAAUUUUGCUCUCCGUGUAACCUCGUCCCUUGCUGGCAGUAAAGGGACACCAAAGUAGGCAAACCGAGGGGGACCCCUGGUGCUACCAGUGCUCUCUCCGGGAUAAAAGGGAGAGACAAGAAAAGCCUUGAAGAUGCAGAAAAUUGGCCCCGAAAAACCAGCCUGCUGCAACGGGGCAGCAUCAGGCAGCGGAGCGCAGAAGCUACAAGAUGUGGAGGCGGCUUGGAGUGGAAGCACCGGCACGCUGAAAGGGAAAGAUCUGAGGACGGGGGAGAAGCAGCGACUUCGCAUGACGCAACUGUUCCAAUAGAGCAGGAACAUAACAAAACUUCUAAUUCUGAAAUAUAAAGGUACAGAGUAAAGUAAAAGCGGGCAUUAAGGGAAAAUACUGGAGUCGGGGGAAGAUAGUUCAAGGCAGUGAUAACAGCGGAGAAGCCUUGGUCCCCCUUAAGGGAAAAGUCAGAAGAGAAUUGAAGGGGGAAGGGGGAGAGGUAGAAGGAAAAAAACAAAAAUUGGAGGGUAACACUGCUUAACAAAGCAACUUGGAGGGU